UGUGACCAAGUGAAACCAUCAUGCUCUCAGUGUAUCCGGGCCAAAGUCGAGUGUCCAGGGUAUCGCAGCGCGCUCGAGUACAAUUUCCGUGAUCAAAGUCAAGAUGUUAUCCGCAAGGCGCAGCGUCAAGCACAAAAAGAGUCUGAAGCCAUUAUUCACAAGAGGCCGACUAAUGGCACUCGCUUCUUAGAUGCUGACUCACGGGCACUUUCGUCAACCCUCUCGCAUCCAAUGGAAGAACUGGCCAGGGGCUAUAUCUUUACUAAUUACAUCUCUCGAGGCAAUAGAGGGGCAUAUAUGCCCUAUCUGUCAACUUUGAUCAAGCAUCUGGAGAACUUGGCAGUGAAUGAUGCUCUCUCAGCGGCCGGCAUGGCAGCCUUGUCAAACAUUUAUAUGUCCCCCCAGUUGAUGUCUACCGCUCGUAAGUAUUAUAUGUCGGCGUUGUCGCAGACUGGCCGCACCCUCCGUACCGCGACCCUGUGCAAGAAGGACGGGACGUUGGCCGCAGUCGUACUCCUGGGUAUGUUCGAGUUGAUGACAUGUAGUGAUGAGCUGUUUCUCACUCGGUGGAUGAAACACCUCGAUGGCGCAGCCACCUUGAUUGAAGCUCGGGGCCCAGAGCAAUUGACUCGUCCAGAAGGGCUAGAAUUAUUCAGUCAAUUACGCGCUCAGAUUAUCCUUAGUCAUAUCUAUCGACAAAAGUACACCUCGCCAAUUAUUGGUCAACUGAGCAUGGAGGCAGCAACAUAUCGCUCUGGAGACGACGCCACUGUGGACCGGCUUAGCAGCGUAACUAUUCAGCUCGGCAAUCUAUGUGCAGCCAUCAAAGAUGGAACAAUCAACCAGCCUGCUGAGAUUCUACGCGCUGCACUACAGCUGGAUGCAGAGUUCAUGUCGAUCAUGUCCACCAUACCCGCUUCAUGGAACUACGAAACUGUCAACGUUGCCCUAGCUCGUGGAGAGCCUACAGUUGACUCUAUCUGGGGGGCUCAGCACCAUACUUACAGGAACUUGACUGUGAGCAGCUUUUGGAAUAACUAUCGAUCUGCUAGGUUAGUGCUCCGCGAGUUGAUCGUUGAGGCGGCCGGCAGCAUCAAAGAGCUGUCUUCGGAUGAUACCAACGGCCAAGAAGCGGACAAAUUGGUGAGCGAAAGCCGCGAAAUCUCGCGCCGAUUGGUCGACGAUAUAUGUGCCAGCGUGCCAUUUCACCUCGGUACGAUGGUAGACGACAGUCACCUGAGCAAACUCUUUAGUAAUACUGCUACAGAAAGCUCACCAUUUCCGGAUAAUCAUCACGAAUUUGGAUCCCCUUUUCUCUCAUCCGCAUCUUCCCCAUUUGGGGUUCCAGCGGCGGGCGGUUUUACCAUCAUGUGGCCGUUGUUGAUUGCCGCGAACUCCGGUUACGCCUCGAAGCAACGUCGGCAAUGGAUUACGGAUUGUCUGGCGAAGAUUGGCCAUUCCAUGGGGAUCCGCCAAGCUCUGGCGAUGGCGCAACUGCUGCAAGACGGUGUAGAUUCACGAGCUUGGUUAUCUUCCAGGUAUAGACCGGCCGUGAGUGGUCAGGAGUACAGCGGAACGAUUGAUGAAGCUGAAGCAGAGUAG